GUGUAAUAAAAUGUACAGCAUUGUACUAACAUUGUACUGCACUGUGGUCCGUAGGAGAAGCUCUCAUCAGUAGUAGCAGAAGCUGUGUAUUAUUAUUAUUAUUAUUAUUACUACCUAGGUAUACAGUCCGAGCGCCCCCAAAUUCACCCGUCCGUCAGCCGCAGCUCGGACGGGAGUUUUCGUCGCUCACCCAGCCAGCCAGCCAGCCAGCGCCAGAGCUACCCAUUCAUGCCCGGGCGUGGUGUCAUUACCGGCGCUGCCGUCAACACACACACCUUCUCUCAUCACAUCUUUCUAGAGUCUUUCUUCCAUCGUGAGACUUUUCCACCUCCACCUCCACCUCCACCAUCUCCAUCAAUAAUAUCCCUCCCUCUUCCUACCCAGGUUCGUCAUCUCCAUCCAUCGUCGGACCUCACGGGGAUCCAUCUGAUCCGUUGUCCGACUUGACUUUCAUCAUCUGACCUUUGCGCUUCUCAACAGAGGAUCUAUCCUUGUCCCGGCGGACGACAG